GCGGCGGGGCGGCGCGGGAACCGGGCCCCGGGGGAGUCGGCCGGGCUGCUGCUGCUGCUGCUCCAGGUGCUGCCGCCCGGGCUGCGGCAGGGCCGGGGCGCCGGGGCACGCGGGGCGCUGGCGGUGGCGGCGUCUGCUGGCCCGGCGCUGCCCCUGCCUUUCCCCGGGACGCGCGGCUGCUGCUGCUCCUGCCGCCACUGCCGCCGCUGUCGCCGCCGCCGCCACCGCCGCCGCCAAGCUCCGCGCCCGCAGCCUCCGCCUCCCGGAUGGACGGUUUGCCCCGCGGAGGGCUGAACCUGAAGGAGGAGCCGCUGCUGCCCGCCGGCCUGGGCUCGGUGCGCUCCUGGAUGCAGGGCGCGGGCAUCCUGGACUCCAGCACCGCUGCGCAGAGUGGCGUGGGCCUGGCACGAGCCCAUUUUGAGAAGCAGCCCCCUUCCAACCUCAGGAAAUCCAACUUUUUCCACUUCGUGCUGGCCAUGUAUGACCGGCAGGGGCAACCUGUGGAGGUGGAGCGCACAGCCUUCAUCGACUUCGUGGAAAAGGACCGAGAACCUGGGGCAGAAAAGACAAACAACGGGAUCCAUUACCGCCUUCGCCUGGUGUACAAUAAUGGACUUCGGACAGAGCAAGACCUCUAUGUACGUCUCAUCGACUCCAUGUCCAAGCAGGCCAUCAUCUAUGAGGGGCAGGACAAGAACCCUGAAAUGUGCCGAGUGCUGCUCACCCACGAGAUCAUGUGCAGCCGUUGCUGUGACCGGAAGAGCUGUGGCAACCGGAAUGAGACGCCCUCAGACCCGGUCAUUAUUGACAGGUUCUUCCUCAAAUUCUUCCUCAAAUGCAACCAGAACUGCCUGAAGAACGCAGGGAAUCCCAGAGACAUGCGCCGCUUCCAGGUGGUGGUGUCCACGACGGUGAGCGUGGAUGGGCACGUGCUGGCUGUGUCCGACAACAUGUUCGUGCAUAACAACUCCAAGCAUGGCCGUAGGGCACGACGCCUAGACCCCUCCGAAGCUGCCACCCCCUGCAUCAAGGCCAUCAGCCCCGGGGAGGGCUGGACCACGGGCGGCGCCACCGUGAUUGUCAUCGGCGACAACUUCUUCGACGGGUUGCAGGUCGUGUUCGGGAACGUGCUCGUGUGGAGCGAGCUCAUCACGCCCCACGCCAUCCGGGUGCAGACGCCCCCGCGACACAUCCCCGGGGUGGUGGAGGUGACCCUCUCCUACAAGUCCAAGCAAUUUUGCAAGGGAGCCCCCGGCCGCUUUGUCUACACAGCCCUGAAUGAGCCCACCAUCGACUACGGAUUCCAGAGGCUACAGAAAGUUAUUCCUAGACACCCAGGAGACCCAGAGAGGCUGCCCAAGGAAGUGCUGCUGAAGCGGGCGGCCGACUUGGCGGAGGCCCUAUACGGAAUGCCUAGCAGUAACCAGGAGCUGCUUCUGAAGCGCGCAGCGGACGUGGCCGAGGCUCUGUACAGCGCUCCCCGCGCACCAGCGCCGCUCGGACCCCUGGCCCCGAGCCACUCGCACCCAGCGGUCGUGGGCAUCAACGCCUUCAGCAGCCCUCUGGCCAUCGCCGUCGGGGAUGCCACACCGGGGCCCGAGCCAGGCUACGCCCGCAGCUGCAGCAGCGCGUCCCCCCGCGGGUUCGCGCCCAGCCCCGGCUCUCAGCAGAGCAGCUACGGCAGUGGUCUUGGACCCGGCAUCGGCAGCUAUGGCGCGCCAGGUGUAGCUGGCCUCGGUGUGCCUGGGUCCCCUAGCUUCCUCAAUGGCUCCACCGCCACCUCGCCCUUCGCCAUUAUGCCCUCUAGCCCCCCGCUGGCGGCUGCCUCCUCCAUGUCCCUCCCGGCCGCUGCCCCCACCACCAGCGUCUUCUCCUUCUCGCCUGUCAACAUGAUCUCCGCCGUCAAACAGAGGAGCGCCUUUGCCCCGGUGCUGCGCCCACCCAGCUCUCCACCCCAGGCCUGCCCCAGAGCCCACGGAGAGGGGCAUCCAGAACAGUCUUUUGAAGAUUCUGACAAGUUCCACUCUCCAGCUCGGGGGCUCCAAGGCCUGGCAUACUCCUAAUUAUGGUCUGCAGGUGUUGCCCCCACAGAGCCCAGACUGGAGGUCCCUCUGGAAUUCGCACUUAUGCCCUGGAUGGCGGUACAGAUACAGGGCCAGGGCUGUGGGCAUACCUCAAUCCCUGAGCUGGGCAGGGAAAGGCCUUCUCCCUUCUGCUUAAGGCCCCCUCAGCCCCACAGGCUUCUCUCACCUCCCUUUCUUGGGGCUUGGAAGCCCCAGCACUGUGCUAAUGCUCUUGGCAAGAGAGCAUCCAAGGGAGGUGCUGGAUGCCAGGCCUCUCACUGGGUCGGUUCCUCUGGAAGAGAUGGAUUUUGUGCAGACCAGGGAUGUUGUUGAGGAGAGCAAGGGAUGGGGACCAUGGGAAAGAGGACAGCUCAGGGAGAGGUGACCUACAAAUGUCCUGUUUGCAUCUGAUCCAUCUCAACUGGCUCGGCAUCCCAACUUCUCUCCAGUGAGCAAGGUGGUGUCCAGCAGCCUCAAGAGGUCACCCAACCAGGCUCCCAUGGAGCUUCCCACAGCCACGAGACCCCAUGGCUACUCCCCUUCCUUUGAGACCUGCACACUCAUGCUUGGCAUAUCAUGCCUCUUCUUGGGACUUUGGCAUGGAAGAAUCAAAGGGGGGUGCCAGGCCUCCUGAAUUUUGAGUUUUGCCCCAAUGGGUGAACUCUGAUCCCCAAUUCACACACUGACUGUGCUUGGCCCCAUGGAAUGGCCAGCUGCCCCCACAAUGGCCUCUCACUCUGCUCUACUAACUUUGGAGAAAAUGGAACAAUAAACCAGAUCAGGUGGCCACCUUGCCCUCUCUUGCCUGCUUCCUUGGUGUG